AUGUCCUCUCGAUCUGGAACUACUUUGUAUGUUACCGGGUUCGGCCAUGGCACCCGUGCUCGCGAUCUUGCCUACGAAUUCGAACGAUAUGGGCGUCUCGUUCGCUGUGACAUCCCUGCCCCGCGCACUCCCUCCAGCCGACUUUUCGCUUUCGUUGAAUAUGAGAGUCGCCGCGACGCUGAUGAUGCCUAUCAUGAGAUGCACAAUAAGCGCAUUGGCCGUGACGAUCUGCUAAAGAUCGAGUGGGCACGCACCCCUCCCUCUGCUUCCUGGCGCUUUGAUUCUGGGUCUGGCCGAGACGCUGGUCGCGAUGCUGGCCGUGACCGUCGUCGUGACCGGACUCCUCCCCGCCGUGGUCGCUCCCCAUCUCCUCGUCGCAGCCGUGGCGGCGACUAUUCUCCUCGUCGAGACGAUCGUUACGACCGGGACGCUGACCGUGAUUACGACCGACGCGACCGUGAUUCUGACCGCCGUGACCGUGACCAUGAUCGUCGUGAUCGCGAUCGUUCUCGCGACCGUUCUCGCAGCCCCGAUGACCGUGAACGCGAGGUCAAGGAUGACCGGGAGAGACGUGAGGAUGAUCGGGAGCCUCGUGAGGAGGACCGUGAGAAUGGGCCCAACGGUGAAGAAGACAGGAAAGUACCCCUGGAUCCAGUGCCCUCUGCUCAUGAUGAGCUUGAUACUGCUGAGUAG